AUGCUGUCGCCACCAAAGCAUUUGCCCAAAAUCUUCAAUUACCAUUCAUUAAUCGCCCUAUGUAUGAUAGCGUUGUUCUAUCAUUUCUUUUCCCUUCAAGGUCGCUUCAUCGCCCGUGCGCCGGGAGCUUCCGCUGUCACGCAGAGUAGUGGCAUCCCCAAACUUAUUUGGUACAAGCUGGGCCCCAACGGUCUCUCAGAAGACACACGAAACUGGACCGACAGCUGUAUCAAGAAUAAUCCCGAGUACAAAGCAGAAUUCUUAACCGACGAGAGCAGCGACAAUUACGUCCGCAAAACCUUCGCAGAAUCCCGCCCAGACAUCGUCGAAAGCUACCUCGCGCUACCCGUUCCCAUCUACAAAGCCGACUUUCUUCGCUAUCUAUUGCUUUGGGACCAAGGCGGAAUCUGGUCUGAUCUAGACGUCUCGUGCGAAGAAAGUGUAUCGAUUGACGAAUGGGUGCCGGCCAUAUACCAGGACAAGGCUUCGCUCGUAGUGGGGUGGGAGUUUGAUCAAGGCUGGCCGGGCCAAUAUGUCCGUCAGUUCGCUAGCUGGACUAUAAUGGCUGCACCACGAUCGACGCAUAUGAUGCAGGUCAUCGACGAUAUCCUCCAGACGUUGCGAGAAAAGACAGCCGAGCACAACAUUCCGGUCGAGGGCGCCAAUUUAGACAUCAUGGGAGAUGUUGUUGACUUCACGGGUCCGCGCCGCUUGACGCGCAGUGUAUACACAAGCUUGGGAAACAUGCUCAACAGAACUAUCGACGCGCGCGAUAUGAUGGAGCUAGUGCGACCGAAGCUGAUUGGGGAUGUCUUGGUGAUGCCAGGUCGUUCGUUCGCAGCGUCUGCCAACAAUUACAAACCGGAGGAAGAGGCACUCCUACCGCCGCAACUGGUGACCCAUCAUUACGCUGGAACCUGGAAGAACAACGAAGGAGGCGAAAAGAGGAAAGAUACCCCAUGA